AUGAGACUUUUCGUGCAUACAUUCAGUAUAUUGGUGAAUUCAGCUGAUUGCGAUGAAUUGGCAAAUCAAAUGCACCAACGGUGGUUAUCGAAUAAAAAUUUUGGACGAGUCGCAGCAUUAAUAGUAUUGCAUUAUCACAAAGCUGAUGAUACAAAUUUAACGUUAUUUUCGAAAUGCCUUUAUCAUAUAUUAACAGAUUAUCGUAAUCGAUUCAUGAUAAGAAAUAAAAAUCGUUUAGUAUUCAGGAAUAGCGUUCGUGCUCUACUCGAAUUAUAUACAACAUUUCGACAAAUAGAUCCGAUAAUAAGCGAAUCUCUUCUAAAACCAAUCUUUUCAUCACUAAAAAUGCUUAUCGAUGAUCAAGCUGAUAAUAAUGAUAUUGAGUCAUUAUGUGAAAUAUUUAUCGAUAAAGGAUCAAUCUUAGUAAAGUUAAAGCCUAUAAAGUGCGAAAAAAUUAUUCUUCGUAUGCGAACUUGCCUAUGUGAAUGGCAACAAUUAACAACAAAUACUCGUCGUCUUCUUCUAAAGAAUGGAAAAGCGAAUGGAACAAUUUAA